AAUUUCACUCUUUUCAUCAACAAUAUUGUUCAUUCACUGAGAUCUCUGGAAUCACAGACUGUGCUCAAAUUCUGAUGGUACUGUUUUCCUGUUGUAUGACCCAGAACAAGUUAAAUUAUUUCACCCUCAGGAUGGAAUCUGCAAAAUAAGUAUAAUGACUUAUCUCACAGAUUCGUUGGCAGGACUAACGAAUGAGGUACUCGAUGACACAUUGCAAUUGCCCUAUACAUGUUAAACCAUUGCCAAAUCUGGUAUUCUCCUAAUGUCUUUGAGGGGUCCCCUAGAAAAACAUCUCAAAGGCUGUGAAUCGUAAGGGACCACCUUGCUAAGCAACCGGCAGGCACUGACAGUUGUACUCCGCAGAAAAAUAAAUAAAUAAAACAAAAGACUCCCCGCCCCGCCGCCCUCUUCUUCUGGGGAAAGACUGGAGAUUGGAAGGAGAACCCUAGAGAGCCAACAGGGCCCCUGGGCGUGGCUGGGCGGACAGCGCCUUUGACCGGAGGAACUCAACCUCCCCCGGAACUCAACCCCCGUCGCUCGAGUUUCUUUCGCUUCCGUCGGGACUCUGCGGAGUGGACCCGAGUGAACACAACUUCCGGCCCCACUGAGCGGUGUCCUGAGCCGAUUACAGCUAGGUAGUAGAGCGUCGCUGCUUACCUGGGUGCAGGAGACAGCUGGAGUCGCUGGGGGAGCUCCGCGCCGCCGGACGCCCGUGACCAUGUGGAGGCUGCUGGCUCGCGCUAGUGCGCCGCUCCUGCGGGUGCCCUUGUCAGAUUCCUGGGCACCCCUCCCCGCCAGUGCUGGCGUAAAGACACUGCUCCCAGUACCAAGUUUUGAAGAUGUUUCCAUUCCUGAAAAACCCAAGCUUAGAUUUAUUGAAAGGGCACCACUUGUGCCAAAAGUAAGAAGAGAACCUAAAAAUUUAAGUGACAUACGGGGACCUUCCACUGAAGCUACGGAGUUUACAGAAGGCAAUUUUGCAAUCUUGGCAUUGGGUGGUGGCUACCUGCAUUGGGGCCACUUUGAAAUGAUGCGCCUGACAAUCAACCGCUCUAUGGACCCCAAGAACAUGUUUGCCAUAUGGCGAGUACCAGCCCCUUUCAAGCCCAUCACUCGCAAAAGUGUUGGGCAUCGCAUGGGGGGAGGCAAAGGUGCUAUUGACCACUACGUGACACCUGUGAAGGCUGGCCGCCUUGUUGUAGAGAUGGGUGGGCGUUGUGAAUUUGAAGAAGUGCAAGGUUUCCUUGACCAGGUUGCCCACAAGUUGCCCUUCGCAGCAAAGGCUGUGAGCCGCGGGACUCUAGAGAAGAUGCGAAAAGAUCAAGAGGAAAGAGAACGUAACAACCAGAACCCCUGGACAUUUGAGCGAAUAGCCACUGCCAACAUGCUGGGCAUACGGAAAGUACUGAGCCCAUAUGACUUGACCCACAAGGGGAAAUACUGGGGCAAGUUCUACAUGCCCAAACGUGUGUAGUGAGUGUAGGAGAUAACUGUGUAUAGGCUAUUGAAAGAAGGAUUCUGCAUUUCUAUUCCCCUCAGCCUACCCACUGAAGUCUUUGGGUAGCUCUUAAGCCAUAAGUAAGGAGCAGCAUUUGAGUAGAUUUCUGAAAAACAAUGUUGAUUUAAAAAGAAAACUGUAUUUUUAUUAAAUAAAAUUUAAACAUCACUUCAGGA